AACAUUCGUGCUGCCUCAUUACGAGCAAUUCUGUAAGAUUUCCAAUCACCAUUACUUUUGGCCUCCUCGCGAAGUUGCAGAGUAACGAUGAUGAUCGAUGAGACGUUCUGGUUUACUUCGUAUUCUUGAGGAAGCCCAGACGGAAAAAUGCUCCUCCAGGGCCUCGUGGACUACCGUUUCUUGGAAAUAUGCUGCAAAUGAAGUGCGAACACUUGGCACUUUAAGGAGUGGGAAACUACGCUGUGACCUCGAAGAAUAUGGACCUUUGUAUAAAUUGAAUUUUGGUCCAAUGAACAUGGUUGUCGUCUCGGACCGCAAAAUGGUGAAAGAGAUGUUUUCCAACCCUGCAUUUUCUGGGAGGAUGGAUUUUAAGGAAUACGACCCCAUUCUGGACGGAAAAGUGCAUGGGAUCGUCAACACGGAAGGCGAACAUUGGGAGGAACUCAGACGCUUCACGUUGCGACAAUUGCGCGACUUUGGGUUCGGAAAGGGCACGAUGGAGGACUCCAUCAUGCUGGAAGUCCACGAGCUGAUCGACGGUCUUCAAGAGUGUGGCGAGAAACCGGUCGAUAACGUCAAGCGGCGUUUCUUGCUAGCCAACGUGAACGCGUUGUGGGCCAUUCGCACGGGGAUAAGGCACAAACAGAAUGAUAAGGAAUUGUUGAACAUGUCGGAAAAAGCCUUCGGGGGGAUUUUGGAGAGUGGAGGGGUCAUCUUAUUUAUGCCGUGGAUAGUAAACAUCUUCCCAAAAUGGAGUGGGUACGAUAAAAUAAAACGGGCAAUUCUUGAAUUCACCGAUUACCUGAGGAAACCAGUCAUCGACCAUAAAAAAACGAGACAAGAUAUCUUUGACAGGGAUUUUACCGAUGCAUUUUUAAAAGAAAUUGACAAAACUACUGAUCCUAAUUCAGCAUUUAUUGGAAAAUUAGGAGAGGAAAAUCUUAUCGCAACUUUGGGUGAUUUACAUUUUGCCGGAUCCGAAACAACGGCCUCCACGCUGUCCUGGAUGAUUCUUUACCUCUGCAAAUUUCCAGAAAUUCUGAAAACUUUUCAAGAUGAAAUUGAAUCCAUUACGGGCAACGCUAGAUCUACAACAGUGUCAGACAGAGCAAAAAUGCCGUAUACGGAAGCCCUCAUCGCGGAAACGUUACGCUACUCGAGCAUUGCACCCCAAGCAGUGGAACAUAAAGUCUUAAAAGAUCAAGAAUAUAACGGGUAUUUCAUUCCGAAAGACACCGUCAUCACGGCAAACUUGAACUACAUCCAUUUCGACCCGAAAAUCUGGACGGAUCCGGAGAACUUCAGACCCAACCGGUUUUUAAGCCCGGAUGGAAAAACGUUCAAGAAACAUGACGCCCUGAUCCCAUUUUCCACGGGGAAGAGGCAAUGUCUCGGCGAGAGUUUGGCGAGAGACAGCCUUUUCCUUUUUGCGACCAAUAUCGCACAAAGAUUCGACAUUGUGUUUGAUAAAAAUGGGCCGGAUAAUGGAUUCGAGUCGGAAUUGGCCUUUAUACUAACGCCAAAACCGUUCAGUGUGAUUUUUAAGGACAGAUUGGCUUAGAAUUAUGUGCUUGAAAAUUCUGUAAUGUGCACUAGGAAUAAUUUCAAGAUGAAAAAACUACAUCAUAAUUAAGAUUCAUUAAGAUCAUAAUGAAUCUUAGUUCUAAGAUCUUAAUGAAUCUUAGUUCUAAGAUUUCCAGUUUAAAAUUGAGAUAAAAUAUCUGUAAUGGAAAAAUGCCAAAAGUUGCAAAAACUGUAGUGCAGAGAAACGAGAUUAAAACCGAUUUUUAGUUCAGUUUUUAGGUUGGUGAAAUUGAAAUAUAAACGUUCAACAUUAUGUAAGUAGAGUGUCGCAAAAAUUUGCAAGUUCGCAAAAAUUUAUUUUCG